AUGGAGAGUCUCUUUUUUUGUGUCUCAAGCCAUGAUGGAAUCCGAGAGCCAGAUCCCAAGUCCCAAGAGCCUAGGCGAAGCGUAUAUAGUUCGAAUGGUGGAAUCCAAUUGGGGUUGACUUUUAGAGUCAAGUGGUUUCCAGAAGCUUCCAGGAACAUGAAAUUCGAGAGAUUGGCAAAGUGGGUUUCAGUCACAACUCCUUCCAACAUGUUACCUUCUAUAGAAAGACGUGUCAAGUUCACAAGUCUCCCAAUACUCUCGGGUAAGUUUCCCGUCAAUUUGUUAUGGCUCAACCAUAAUUCUUCAAGGGAAAACAAGUUCCCUAUUUCAUCUGGAAUUACACCGGACAAUGAGUUUUCGCUAAGAUCGAGGAUGGAUAAGAUUGCUGAGUUGAAAAAUCCAGGAAGGGAUGAUGGAAUGAGAUUGGUCAUCAAAGUUGUUUGA